GAGCAGCUCGCUAGUCAUUUGCUGGUCCGUGUUUGAGUGAGGAGCAGGACGAAGACGGACAGAUAACAAUACCGAAUACUUGGUCAUAUAUAUUCACUCUGCUUUUGAGUUGCGCCGGUCGCUAAAAGUUCCCGUUUUGGAAGCCGUCCAAAAUGGGUUUCCGCAAAAAGACCAACAAGAACCCGCCGGUGUUGAGCCACGAGUUUAUCAUCCAGAACCAUGCAGAUAUUGUUUCCUGUGUUGCUAUGGUGUUCCUCCUCGGGUUGAUGUUUGAGGUCACCUCGAAGGUUGCAGUGCUGUUCAUCACUGUCCAAUACAACGUUACCAUCUCUGCAAAUGAGGGCCUAUCAGAGGAGAGCGUGGUGAACCACUUCCACCACGGGCUGAAGGAUGUGGCCACCAUCUUCUUCUACAUGCUGGUGGCCAUCAUCAUCCACGCUAUCAUCCAGGAGUAUGUACUGGACAAAAUCAACCGAAAGAUGCACUUCUCUAAGACCAAGCACAGCAAGUUCAACGAGUCAGGCCAGCUCUCUGCCUUCUACCUGUUCUCCUUCGGGUGGGGAACCAGCAUCCUCAUUUCUGAGAACUUCCUGUCCAACCCAGUGAGUCUGUGGGAUGGAUACCCUCAUACCCUGAUGCCGUUCCAGAUGAAAUUCUAUUUUAUCAGUCAGAUGGGCUACUGGCUUCACGCUCUGCCUGAGAUCUACUUCCAGAAGACCAAGAAGGAGGAUGUUCCCCGUCAGUUGGUGUAUAUCUCUCUGUACUUAGUUCACAUCGCAGGAGCUUACGUUCUCAAUCUGAAUCGUCUGGCUCUGGUCCUGCUGGUGUUGCACUGCUUCGUAGAGCUUCUCUUCCACGUGUCCCGCCUGGUCUACUUCAGCAACGAGAAGAGGCAGACUGGGUUCUCCAUCUGGGCGGUGCUGUUUGUCCUUGGACGGCUGCUCACCCUGUCCCUGUCUGUCCUGACUGUGGGCUUCGGCCUGUCCAACGCUGAUCAACAGGGACUGGACCUGCCUAACGGGAACUUCAAUGUGCUCAUAGUUCGGAUCACUGUGCUGGCUACCAUCUGUGUGACUCAAGCCUUCAUGAUGUGGAAAUUCAUCAACUUCCAGCUGAGGAGGUGGAGAGAGCAGGCCCAGGUCCAGCCCGUGAAACCCAGGAAGCUCCAAGCUCCCAAGACCAAGUCCAAGAAAGACAAAGCCAAUGGGGUGAACGGAGUGAGUUCCAACGGAGCCGAUUCGCCGAGAGCAAAGAAAGAGAAGUCUUCGUAAACUACCCCCCCCCUUCGCAGUUCCUCCAACCAAACCCCGUGUCUCCUCCGGCCCCCUUCAGGCAGCAUCCAGCCUUCUCAUUCCACUGCUCUGUAUGCUGUCUAUGGCCCAAUCCCAAAUCCAUCCCUAGACCCUUGUGGAGAUCUAAGAGGAAAUGAUUGAUUCAAGCAACAUGGUGAAACUUUCACCUAGAAUAUCAGAGAGCCGAGUUGUACUAAGCCCAUAUUGAUUACACCUGUCAUAUCAUCUCAGAUCCCCUCAAGGGGGUUUCAUUUGGGACUGUUCAUCUACAACAGCUAAAGGAGGAUAACUCCUUCCAACAGGACUACAAGAUCCAGAAUGCAUCUUGGCUUCAUCUGCUUGUUGCCAAUCUCCAGUGCUGACCAUUCCCAGAAUCGUUGUGACACUGCUGUGUCAUUAUUACAGCGAGAGAAAACCAUGAAAGAACAAAGAACUUAUUUAAAAGUGCCUAUUCAUAGACUGUACAGGAUGUGCAGAUUUUAAAAUGUCAGGAAAGAUAUGAGCUCAGUAUUUCAGUAAACACGCCCCACCCCCCCAAGCCAGUUAUUUAUCAGACUGUAUCCUGUGACAUGUUCUGUUUGUUUAACAAAAGGUCUUCUGGAUUCAGUCCCAUUUAUUUGGAACCACCUGAGGAAAAAUGCACCUGCUGACCUAUUUUUUAAAUGACCUCAUUUCCUGUUUGUUUUUUUGUUUUUUUUUUUUGGG